AUGCAGCACUCCCAGAGCGACGUCGCGCUCGGCACAAACGGCAGUUGGGCCGACCUCAAAGUCGCGGAGGGCCUCAAGAGACGCUGCAACACGGCACAGAAUCUCCAGUUCUACGUCGAAGAGCAGAAGCGGCUGUACCACGAGCUGCCGUUCUCGGUCCUCCCGGGCAUGCGGCGGCAGUCGUUCCAGCGCGAGCGCAGCUCCUCGAGCCUCAAGACGCGCAGCUCCUGGGGCUCCUUCACGAACCUCGUGGCCCGGGGCGAAGACCAGCCGCUGCUGGGCGCAGACGACGAGUUCCCCGAGCCUGGCUACACGUUCCCGUUGCUCCUGAGCUGCGGCGUCGCGCUCAUGAGUGCGUUCCAGUUUGGCUACAACACGGGCGUGACGGGCGGCGUGAACCCCGACCUCAUCUUCCCCGGCCACUCGGACAUGCAGUGGGCCAUCUGCGUCUCGAUCUUUGCCAUUGGCGGCCCCAUUGGCUCGCUCACGGCCGGCCACAUGAGCACAGCCCUCGGGCGGAAGAAGGCGCUGCUCGUGGACUCGUUCCUCUUUAUCAUUGCAGGCGCCAUCAUGGCGCUCGCGGUCAACAUUUACGCCCUGAUCCUGGGCCGCUUCCUCGUCGGCUUUGCGUCCGGCACAGUCAGUGUGGUCGUGCCGCUGUACUUGGGCGAACUCGCGCCGCCGAACCUGCGGGGAGCGCUGGGGACCGGGUAUCAGCUGUUUAUGGUCAUUGGCGUCUUGGUCGCUGGGCUCUUGGCGUUCAGCUUCUCUGGCGAGAGCUACGGCCUCACGCAACCUGGUUGGCGCUUUUUGUUUGGCUUCACGGCCAUACCCGGCAUCUUGCAGCUCGCGCUGGCGUCGCUGCUCACGGAAAGUCCGCGGUGGCUGCUUACGAAGAACCGACCAAAGGAGGCGGCCGACAUCCUGCGUCGCUUGCGUGGCUCGAACGACGUGUACGAGGAAAUCGACAGCAUCUGCUCGGCCAGUGACAACGAAUCGGGUGCCAACACAGGCAUCUGGGCCGUGCUCACGGACAAGAGCGUGCGCUUCCCGCUCGUGGCAGCUGUCGUGCUGCAGAUAUCGCAGCAGUUUAGCGGCAUCAAUGCCGUCAUGUUUUACGCAAGCUCUUUCUUCAAGAACGUGGGCUUGAAGGACCCGUUGGUCGGGGCGACGCUGGUGUAUACGGUGAACGUGCUUGCCACUGGCGUUGCACUUGUGCUCAUGGACACGGCCGGUCGUCGACCGCUGCUGAUAUACUCUGCCUCGGGAAUGAUCGUCUCGAGCGUCGUGCUGACGCUGGGCUUGAUGGACGCACUUCCGUUUGCAAGCAUGGUCAGUGUGGGCGGUGUCAUGUGCUUUGUGUGGUUCUUUGAGAUCGGGUUGGGUCCGAUUCCGUGGUUGAUUGUCGCCGAGAUGUUCCCUGCCAAGCCGCGACCGACCGCCAUGAGCAUUGCCACGAUGGUGAACUGGUUGUGCAGCUUCCUGGUCGGGCUCAUGUUUCCGACCAUGCAAAGCAGUCUGGGCCAGUACACGUUUGUGCCGUUUGGCAUUUCGCUGUGCUUGGCGCUCGCCUUUAUCUUCAAGUACGUGCCGGAGACGAAGGGCAAGACCAUCCAAGAGAUCCAGGAGGAGCUCCAGUCGAAGCAGCAGUCCAUGAGAUGA